AUGGUGACUAACUGCUUAAUGAAUAUGAUGUUUGAUGAUAUAUGUGAUGAAAACAUUUUGGAAGUCAGUAGAGGUGGUGUAAGAAAGAUGUUUUCCCGGUUAAAAGUAGCUGCCACUCCUUGUACUUUGGCAUGUCGUCAUUUACACAGGAAAGAGAAAGGCAAGCCACUCAUGUUAAAUCCAAGAACAAACAAGGGAAUGGCAUUUACAUUACAGGAGCGGCAAAUGCUUGGUCUUCAAGGACUUUUACCUCCUAAAAUAGAGACACAGGAUAUUCAAGCCUUACGAUUCCAUAAAAACUUGAAAAAAAUGAGUAGCCCUUUGGAAAAGUACAUCUAUAUUAUGGGAAUACAAGAAAGAAAUGAGAAGCUGUUUUACAGAAUACUGCAAGAUGACAUUGAAAGUCUAAUGCCAAUUGUAUACACACCAACAGUUGGCCUUGCCUGCUCCCAGUAUGGACACAUCUUUAGAAGACCUAAGUAA